UCCCUCCUGGGCAACGGCCUCAUCAUCAGCGCCGUAGCCUGCGGCCACCACCUGCACACGCCCAUGUUCUUCUUCCUGCUCAACCUGGCCCUCAGCGACCUGGGCUCCAUCUGCACCACUGUCUUUUUCAUUUCAGCAGAGUAUUACGUCCUCGCUGUCAUGUGCUACAACAGCUGUGUGUCCAUCUGCAAACCCCUGCACUACAGAACCUUCCUGGGCAGCAGAGCUUAUGCCCACAUGGCAGCAGCUGCCUGGGCCAGUGGCUUCCUUGCUGCUUUGCUGCACACAGCCAAUACAUUUUCUCUGCCCCUGUGCCAAGGUAAUGUCCUGGGUCAGUUAUUCUGUGAAAUCCCACAGAUCUUCAAGCUCUCCUGCUCACAGUCCUACCUCAGAAAAAACAGAAUUUCUGUGGUUGGUGUCUGUUUAUCUUUUGGGUGUUUUGUUUUCAUUGUUUUCUCCUAUGUGCUGAUCUUCAGGGCAGUCCUGAGGAUCCCUGCUGAGCAGGGAUGGCAAAAAGCCUUUUUCAUAUGCCUCCCUCACCUGGCCAUUGUUUCCGUGUUCCUCAGCACUGCAGCAUUUGCCUACCUGAAACCCCACUCAAACUCCUUCCCAUCCCUGGAUCUUGUGGUGUCAAUUCUGUACUCAGCAGUGCCUCUAGCACUGAAGCCCCUCAUUUACAGCCUGAGGAACCAGGAGCUCAAGGAUGCCCUGGAAAAACUGAUGAAGGUAUCUUCAGAAGCAAUAAACUCUCUUUUCUGCUAG